UAUACGUACUAUAUUGACUUGUCUACAUUUAUGGUAAUAUUUUUUUGAAAAACUUUCAUUUUCUCGAAGUUCUUACGAAAAAGAAUAAUGGACAUCAGUUGUAAGAUCUGUAAACACGCAUCAGGUGAUGACUUUAAACAGAUUGCCCAUUUGAAAACUUCUGGUUUAGUAAUAUAUGUUUAUUACGUUGAUUCAAAGCAACAAAAAGCGUACGAUGAAUAUAGUUUAAAUAACAUAAUUUUACACAACACCAGCAAUAAGAAUCUUAAAAGGUUGGAUUAUAUCAUGGAGCUAUGCCAAUAUAGAACCAAAUGUUUUAAAUGUAAAAUGCUUAUUCAACGAAUCCGAAAUGCUAUAGAUGAAACAUCUAUAAUAAAUAAAAACGAAGUUAUGGGAGUGUGCGAUUAUUGUAAACGCUCGAACCAAAAACAUCAAUGUCAGAGAUGCCAAUAUAUAAUAGAAAAGUUCCUUCAGAAUAAAGUCGCAGAGCGUACUAAUCGUGAAGAGCAGUUGAGGUUAUGGAUAUCAAAGAUACAAAGUAGUUUUAUUUCGCUAUUUGGAGAAAAUGUUAUUUGUAAACAUAAUAAUUAUUUGGAAAAUGUAUCAAAGACAAAGUUUUCUAAGUUAUUAAGCUUAAUGAAUUCGCCAUCUUCAAUGAGACAACCCAAAAUAGAAGAAUUUCCACAGUUAUUUGGUCUAUCAGAAGCUGGACUUGAUGUAAAUGAAAGAAAAAAAGUUAUAGAAGAUUUAGUUACCAAAUUUAAAAAUAGUUUUGAUAAUAAUCCUGAAUUAGAUUUAAGUACUUCCUCGUCAUCAGAAAGCGAAUGUAUUUGUAAAUAUUUUGGAAAAAGUAAGACUGAUGAAGAUCUGGAUAAAUUAAGUGUAAUUUCGGCUCCAAAAGAGAAGGCUUCUUUAAAUAUAUUGCCAGCGGUCAAGGAAAAAGAAACUAAAUCAAAAAUUACAACGACUACGGAUGAAAAUCAAAAACAAAAUGAUAAUAAAACUACAAAGUCUAUUAAAUCUACUAAACACAGUACCGAUACGAAAUCACAAUUAAAAGAACGACCGUCCAAAACGAACAAAAAAGUUGAACCGGCCGACACGCAAGACCAGGAAGAAAAGAAACAAAGAAAAACUCAGCGAAAGGAUAGCAAUACUCCUGUUAGUAAAAAAAAGCGUAAUUCUGAGUAUCUACAGAUGUUGGAAUUAUUAAAAGAAAAAGAAAGAGAAAGAAAUAAAAAUAUGAACCUACUUAAAAAAGAAAAGGUGCCUACUUUGCCUGAAAUAAAAGAUUUACCUGUCUUAAAUAAAAAAGCUGUAGUUAAAGAUGAAAAUGUCGAUUCUCAAUAUUCCGAGAGUAUAUUGGAAUGUAAAGAUAACCGUUCAGUUACUGGUAAUAAAGUGAUCAGAGGAAAUAAAAUAAUCCAUUGUGAUCCUCAUGUUCGUCAUACUGAAGAAACCUUGCAACUGCCAAUGCUAUAUAACGUUAAAAUAGAUUUGACAACACCAAAAUAUAUAAAGGAAUCUUCUUUAUCAACUGCCUAUGAAGACAAAAAUAAAAAGCAAAUGAUAGUAGAAGAUGGUAUUGGUUCUGGAGUUAUAAGAUAUGAAUUGUCUAAUCGGGAGUUCAUUGACAAGGGUUGGACAAAAUUGCCUACAAAUAAAGUAAUGCGUCGGAUGAACAUUUAUAAAAUGUUACCGGCAUCAAUGUCUGCAGAUUGGUUCAAAUUAUUCAAAAAUAGUAAAUCCUUAUUCUAUGACACCGGAGAAAAGUUAGCUGAAAUAUAUGAUAACGGAAGUGGACGAUGGUUUUAUAAGGACGGAAAUGUUGCUCUGGACGUUCAGAAAGAGAAAGGGGCUGAAAUGGUAAGGCGUUAUAUUGUGUACAGUUCCGUCGAAGCUGCAAAUGUUUGUAAGAAUGAACCCAUUACAAUUCUAGCGUGCUUCGACUAUCUCGGGAAUGGUGUGAUAUACGAUCAUAAGGGCAAUGUCAGGUUGAAGUAUAACCAAUCCGAGGGCCUCGUGCUUGAUAAAAACAUUGCCCCAUUGGGUCGAUGGAAAUGGCAUUCACUAAACGAUCCUCCUGUUUUACAGCGUGUUUUUAUUAACACGUACGAUAAAUUUGAUAAUACGGAAUACAUCGAGGAUGAUUCGGUUGGAGCUCUAAAGCCUCUAAAUGAAGACAUGAUUGCCAUUGAAUUAGAUAAUUUUUUGAAGGAAAAAGCUCAUAAAUUGUUGCAAGAGUUUAAACCAUUUCAGAUAAGAAUGAAAAUUAUGAAGCUUAAUAACUUCUUUUCGUUAAGAAUUAUUGAUCAGACAAAUAUUUUCCUUCUGUUCCGCUGUGACAGGGCUUUUUUGAGAAUAAACAUCGGAAUGUUGUUAAAGAAUGACGAAAUAAUCGAUACCGACAUUGCGGAAGUUUCAGAUGUUUCCACUCCAUAUUGCAAUAAUCGUCCUAAAUCUCCAAGUUUAAUUAAUAUACAAAAGACCCUCAAUAACGUAAGAAGCUAUUAUAGUAGUUCUAAGAGACGUAAAUAAACAUUUAGAUAUAAAGGUUUAUGGACAAGAAAGAAAAUAAUAUAAUUCAUAGCAUAAUGGGAGGCGGUAUUUGUAAUAUUUUUUUUGUAAGAAUUUCUUAUAUUUUUUAAAUAUUUUAAGUGUUUGGUAGUAUAUUAAAGUUUAAUUAUUUAUUUUGUUUUUUUUUUUUUACUUUCGCUUCACUGAUAGACCGGAAAGCGUUAUUCCGUGAGAUAAGUUCAAUUUGGCACUGUACACCAUGUUGGGCGCUAUUUAUCAUCGACGGAUCGAUACUAGAACAAUGGAGUUUGCUUUUGUUUCAUUCUGCAGGCUACUACGAUCGCUUUUUAAAAAAAAUAACUGGAGACUGAGUUCUUUUGUUACCAUUUUAAUAAUGUCCAAGUGAUUCUAGAUGAAUGUAAAAUUUUUGAAGUAUUAAGGCUCUAGUUUUUAUGCCUUGGCUUACUAAAUUAUAUUAAUGCACUUAUUUAUACAGACGUAUUUAGUAAUUUAAAAGUCUAUCUAUCAA